GAUCUAACUCUCUGCCCAGAGAACCUAACCCUCCCAUUGGUCUACAACUAACGUAAUCAUCUUCUUUUUUUCCUCUUAAUCACCAAUCCAUGUCUUAAAAAUCAUAAAAUUCAUACUGGUUGGGUUUUCAAUUUUGUAUUACACGAUACACACACUUCCCCUUCUUUUCUCAUUUCUGCUCAAGAUUUCAUCUUUUUCUCUUUUUUUCCAGAAAGGCACACGCAUUGUGAUUUCUCUAAACCCUAACAACAGAUCCAAAAUUUUCCUUCGGCUUAACCUCAAUUGCUAUUGAGUUCCAAAAUUUCUUCUUAUACAGCAGAUUUACCCUUAAAAGUUUGGAACUUUAAGGGUAAAUCAUAUUGAAGGUUAGGAUUUUUUUGCAAUGAGCUGAUGCUACUGUGAUUUUUCUUUAUCAAUUACAAUGCAAUCGAAAACCCAAAUUCUUGCUCCAGCUUUUACCCUUUUCCCAUCUCUUAAACCUCCAAACAAGACCCUAACUUUUCACCAAUUUACAGUCUUAGCCAUCACCUUUCUCGCUUAUGCUUCAUUUCAUGCCUCAAGAAAGCCACCAAGUAUUGUAAAAGGUGUGCUUGGACCCAAAAUUCAAUUGAACUCUUCAAUGAUUGAGUCUAAUUUAACUUCAUUAGAAUCCAAUGGUAUUGGUUGGGCUCCCUUUAAUGGCCCUAAAGGGACUCACCGGCUUGGCGAGCUUGAUCUUGCAUUUUUGUCUGCAUAUUCAGUAGGAAUGUAUUUUGCAGGACAUGUUGGUGAUAGGAUUGAUUUAAGGUUGUUUCUUGUUUUUGGAAUGGUGGGUAGUGGUCUUUUGACCAUUAUUUUUGGGUUAGGUUAUUGGUUUAAUGUACAUUUGUUAGGAUAUUUUGUGAGUGUGCAGAUUUUGUGUGGUUUGUUUCAGUCUAUAGGGUGGCCUUGUGUGGUGGCGGUGGUUGGGAAUUGGUUUGGGAAGGCUAAGAGAGGGUUGAUAAUGGGAAUAUGGACUUCCCAUACAUCGGUAGGGAACAUUAUUGGGUCGGUUGUGGCAUCCGGGGUUUUGGAGUUUGGUUGGGGUUGGUCAUUUGUGGUGCCCGGAGUUUUGGUAAUUUUAGCUGGGGUUUUAGUGUUCCUGUUUCUUGUUGUUAAUCCUGAAGAUAUUGGAUUUGAGACUCCAGGGAAGGAGAUUGAAAUGGAUGUGGAGGUGAAUGGUUUGGAGAAUUUGGAGAAGGUGGAAUCAGAAGAAGCAGGGCUUCUUGGGGAGGAAAACUUGGAUUCUACCGCAGCCAUCGGAUUCCUGGAGGCUUGGAGAUUACCUGGUGUGGCACCAUUUGCUUUCUGCCUCUUCUUUUCAAAGCUAGUGGCGUACACUUUUCUAUAUUGGUUGCCCUUCUACAUAAGUCACACAGAUGUUGCUGGCGUGCAUGUGUCCCACAAGACUGCUGGAAUUCUUUCAACGGUAUUCGAUAUUGGAGGAGUCUUUGGCGGAGUUUUGGCAGGAUUUGUAUCUGAUGUGAUUGAAGCUCGUGCAGUGACUUCAAUGGUAUUCUUGCUUCUAUCAAUUCCAGCCCUUGUUCUGUACCGGGUUUAUGGAAGCGUGUCUAUGCUCCUCAAUAAUGCUUUGAUGUUUCUUUCUGGGCUGCUUGUAAAUGGCCCGUAUGCUCUAAUUACUACAGCUGUUGCAGCUGAUCUUGGUACUCAGGACUUGAUUAAAGGAAAUUCCCGAGCCUUAGCUACUGUGUCCGCAAUUAUAGAUGGCACUGGUUCUGUUGGGGCAGCUGUUGGCCCCCUUCUGGCAGGGUAUAUCUCCACAAGAGGAUGGAACAGUGUCUUUCUUAUGCUUAUUGUUUCGAUAUUCCUUGCGAGUUUGUUCUUGAUUCGAGUUGCGAAAACUGAGAUUAAAGGGUUGCUGAACGGUGGAAAAUGGCUUUCAAACAAUGCAACUGCUCAAUGAUGGAAAGUGCUUCUAAGAUUAUCGUCUGUAUUCCUUUUACAGCUAGUCAAAAAACAGGUUCCAUGGAAAAACACUAGGAUAUAAAGGAUCCUGCAAGUAUACAUGUCUGUAUUUUGUAACUCAUUCUUUGGUCAGAUAUAUUCUUACUUUCUGUUGUACAUGUACAAACUAAGAUACCAAUAAUAUAAGCCCCCCUUCUGGCAGGGUAUAUCUCCACAAGAGGAUGGAACAAUGUCUUUCUUAUGCUUAUUGUUUCGAUAUUCCUUGCGAGUUUGUUCUUGAUUCGAGUUGCGAAAACUGAGAUUAAAGGGUUGCUGAACGGUGGAAAAUGGCUUUCAAACAAUGCAACUGCUCAAUGAUGGAAAGUGCUUCUAAGAUUAUCGUCUGUAUUCCUUUUACAGCUAGUCAAAAAACAGGUUCCAUGGAAAAACACUAGGAUAUAAAGGAUCCUGCAAGUAUACAUGUCUGUAUUUUGUAACUCAUUCUUUGGUCAGAUAUAUUCUUACUUUCUGUUGUACAUGUACAAACUAAGAUACCAAUAAUAUAAGCCCCCCUUCUGGCAGGGUAUAUCUCCACAAGAGGAUGGAACAAUGUCUUUCUUAUGCUUAUUGUUUCGAUAUUCCUUGCGAGUUUGUUCUUGAUUCGAGUUGCGAAAACUGAGAUUAAAGGGUUGCUGAACGGUGGAAAAUGGCUUUCAAACAAUGCAACUGCUCAAUGAUGGAAAGUGCUUCUAAGAUUAUCGUCUGUAUUCCUUUUACAGCUAGUCAAAAAACAGGUUCCAUGGAAAAACACUAGGAUAUAAAGGAUCCUGCAAGUAUACAUGUCUGUAUUUUGUAACUCAUUCUUUGGUCAGAUAUAUUCUUACUUUCUGUUGUACAUGUACAAACUAAGAUACCAAUAAUAUAAGCCUUCUACAUUCUACACUA